GCCCACAAACAUGGCGGACUACAAGGAGGCACCUUUGGCGACUCGUCCAAAAACAUUAGAGCCAGCGGAAUAUUUUCAUGUUUCGCCCGAAUAUCGACGGGCGGAGGAGGAGCGAGGAGCGCUCAGGUCCCGGCUGAAGAGAGAAUAUCAGACGAAGCUGAAUAAUCCUCUGCGGAAAGAGCUGAUUGAGGACCCGGCCCUCACGAGGUGGACGUACGCCCGUACGGAGAUGUAUAAUCACUUCAGACCGACACCGAAAUCCUCCCUGAUCGCUGGUUUGAUCGGAGUCGCUCCACUCUUCAUCUUGUACUACGUCUUGAAGACUGACCGCGACAAGAGGGAGCAGAAGAUUAAAGACGGGACUUACAAACGCCCGUACAGACUCUCAUACUGAUCUCUGACUUGUACUUCAGGUUAAAUCGUUGUCUCGGAUUGUACAUGUAACUAUAAAUAAACUUUAUUGA